AUGUCGGCCAUAAUUAAGGAGACCUUUUACGUUAAGCCAACCAGACCAACGAAACAUGUUCAAAUUCCACUUUCUAAUUGUGACAUUAUCACGCUACCUAUUUAUACUGGGUUCAUUUAUUUUUUUAAAAAUAAUUUACAAAAAGAUAAUUUUAUGAACUCUAAAAAACUUUUAGAAUCACUUGGAGAUGUUUUAAACGAUUAUUAUCCUCUGGCUGGUACACUUAAAAGUGCGCCCGAUGGUAGAUUUAUAAUUGACUGUAAUGAUCAAGGUGUUCAAUUUAUCAUUGCUGAAUGCUCUGACAUUACAAUCAAUCAACUUGAAGAAAAAAAUUGGGAACAUGCAGCUAUUCCUUACGGAUUAAUGCAAACAUCAAUAAUGCCUAAUAAAAUUGGUCCAUUUAUAUUUAUAAUACAACACACUACUUUUGCUGAUGGAUCCGUAGCCCUUGGUUUUGCUAAACAUCUUUAUUUUAUGGAUGGUUUUGGUCUUUUUACUUUUAUUGAAAAUUGGGGGCGAAGAACUCGCUUAGAACAGAUUGACCCACCUAUCCAUGAUCGAAGUUUGUUAAAAGCAAGCGGUAACCCUCCAACUUAUGUUCCUUACGAAUAUUCUGUAUUGAAACCGACAGAUCAUAAUUUUUCACGCACGGGAAAGCCUCCUUUAACGACAAAAAUUUUUCGCUUUAGUCAGGAUGUUCUUAAGAGGUUACGUGAUUAUUAUUCUGUUGGUAUUCCAAAUGGGAGUUGGAUUUCAACAAAUGAUGCACUUGUAGCUCAUCUUUGGAGAACAACCACUAGAGCUCGAAAUAUUGAUUUAAACACUGAAGUAUUCAGUAGCAUUGCUCUUAAUGGACGUGAUAAAUUAAAUAUUCCCAAAAAUUAUUAUGGAAAUGUUGUUUUUCAAAUAUGCCCAAAAAUGCUUGUCUCUCAAUUGAUUAAUAAUCAACCAUGUUCAGUAGCACUUCAAGUUCGAAAGGCCGUUACAGAUAUGAAUGAAAGUCGUAUUCGAUCCAUAAUUGAUUGGGUUGAACAACAACCAGAUAAAUCAUUGGUUGUAAGAAGUAUUAUGUAUAAUGGCAAAGAUUUGGGAAUAACUAAUUGGACAAAAAUUAAUAAGCAUAAUUUAAUAGAUUUUGGCUAUGGAACUCCUAUAAAGCAGAGACUUGACCGGGAAUAUGCAGUUAAUGGAUUAUAUAUAAUACUUGGUGUCGAGGAGGGUUAA